AUGGCGGUUCUGAUGUGUCUGAUGUGUCUGAUGUGUCUGAUGUGUCUGGUGGGUCUGGUGGGUCUGGCGGGUCUGGUUGGUGAACGUGAAAAGUGGCAGAGCGGAAACGAGGCUUCGCUCGGGCGACAGGGUCUACGAGGCGCCGGUUUGCUGUCGGCCAGAAUUGGGGAGCAGACCAACGCGCCAGAGGUCGAACGACAAGACCCGACUUCAUUUCAUCAAAGGGACGACCGAAAAAAAGGACCGAACUCGACCAGCAGAAGCGGCGUCGAGCCGAGCCAGCGAGCGCUAUUGACGGCCGCGAGAUGUACCGAUGCCUCGAGACGUCUGCUGUCUCGGUGGAAGUGUUGCUGUUUUCUCGAGACCGUCAACACGCCACACUCUGCGCCAGAGCCCAUCGACUGUGGCAACAAUGGCGCCAAGCGGUGCCAUUUCAUCGGCCCAACUUCCCGGGCUCGAGUCCCUGUCCGGGCGGUACGUGGUUUCCUCGUCGACCGGCCUUGUUGCCAACGCCAUCACAACUAUCCGUUCGGCGGCUCGUCUCACUGUCGCUGUUUAACACCAGAUUACGAACACCGGAACACGAUAACACAUCACCACACCUCGACGUCACUAGAAGACCACAAGACAACAAGACACUGCAAGAAUAUGACAACGCUCAACGGUACCAUCACAAGGCACAUCUAA